GUAGAGGACGCCACUAUCCUCUCCUCUCUGCGCCACUGAAAUCUCCAUCCAAUUCACCAAUCCACACGCAAAUCGCAGAUUCUCUCAGGCUGAAAAUCUGAUACCAAAAUCGGAAAAAUGGCGACCGGGAGAGUAGAUCUGGACGGGAAUCCGAUCAAGCCGAUAACCAUAUGCAUGAUUGGCGCUGGGGGUUUCAUCGGCUCGCAUCUCUGUGAGAAGCUCAUGGAGGAGACGGAGCACAAGGUGUUUGCCGUCGACGUCUAUAACGACAAGAUUCGUCACCUUCUCGAACCUUCCUCCUUGCCUUGGGCCGACCGCAUCCAGUUCCACCGCCUUAACAUCAAGAACGACUCUCGCCUCGAAGGCCUGAUCCGCAUGGCGGAUCUUACCAUAAAUCUUGCUGCUAUAUGCACUCCGGCAGAUUACAACACUCGGCCAUUGGACACAAUCUACAGCAACUUCAUUGAUGCUCUUCCUGUGGUUAAAUAUUGUUCGGAAAAUAGGAAAAGGCUCAUUCAUUUCUCCACUUGUGAAGUUUAUGGGAAAACAAUUGGUAGCUUUUUGCCCAAAGAUAGUCCAUUGCGGCAGGACCCCAAUUAUUACAUUCUUAAGGAAGAUGCCUCCCCUUGUAUAUUUGGUCCCAUCGAGAAGCAGCGGUGGUCAUAUGCAUGUGCAAAGCAGUUGAUUGAGAGAUUAGUAUAUGCCGAGGGUGCUGAAAAUGGGCUUGAAUUUACGAUCGUGAGGCCCUUCAACUGGAUUGGUCCCAGAAUGGAUUUCAUCCCCGGAAUCGACGGUCCAAGUGAGGGUGUUCCACGAGUCCUUGCUUGCUUCAGCAACAAUCUUCUACGUGGAGAACCCUUGAAGCUCGUUGACGGUGGUCAGUCGCAGAGAACCUUUGUUUACAUUAAAGAUGCCAUUGAAGCUGUUCUUUUGAUGAUUGAUAACCCAGCUAGAGCUAACGGACAUAUAUUUAACGUCGGUAAUCCCAACAACGAAGUUACUGUCAAACAGCUCGCUGAAAUGAUGGUUCAGAUUUACGGUAAGGUCUCUGGAGAAUCAUUACUGGAUAAACCCACCAUCGAUGUAAGCUCUAAAGAAUUUUACGGCGAAGGAUACGACGAUAGUGACAAGAGGAUUCCAGACAUGACCAUAAUCAACAGGCAGCUCGGUUGGGAUCCAAAGACAUCGCUGUGGGACUUGCUCGAAUCGACUCUUACUUACCAACACAGAACGUACGCCGAAGCCAUCAAGAAGACGAUUUCCAAGCCUUUGGCAAGUUGAUGACAGAGAAGGGAUUUAUAUUACAUUCUGCCGUUUCCCUGUAAGGAUGUUUUGAGGUACACGAUUGGUUUUGAUUCCUUUCUUUUCUUUUAUUUUCUUUUCGGCAUAUUAUAUUCGCGCACACUAUUUUUUUUUUUUGUUUAGUAUUGAUUGCUAACUGCUAGUCGAUGAGCAAAGAUGUAAUAGUACUUACGUGUUGUCUACCUGCCUUCAUAAUUUGCUGUAAUGAUCUGCUCUACUUUUGGGUUAAAAUGGGUAUCUCAUUGAUUUUGCUUA